AUGAGCUGUGAGAUCCUUAUUUAUGCUGAUCAACUGGCUAACUUUCACCAGCUUACUUCACACCUGCAUGCAGCCAGUGAGAAAACAGAAUUGGCCAACAGGAUACCAAAACAGAUCAAGUCUUGUGUUCACAUGCACUAUGUGUAUGUUGAUCAACGUUUUCACAUAGGCGUAAGUGUAAUUCACAGUCUGUUUUCUUUACAUAGGCAAGCUAAAAUAGAUAGAUGGACAGCAAGUGCCAAGGUUGAUGAAAUGAUCAGAUUGACAAAGACGCUUCAAGGCCAAUUGGAGAGAAAGGAAGAAGAUGUGGUAUCUGCCCAGCAAAGAGAAGCAGCAUCUGACAAACUCCUGCAACAAAUGCAGUCUAGUAUCAAACAAUUAGAAACAAGAUUACGUUUUACUGUCCAAGAUGUUGAACAAAUGAGAACAGAAAGAACAGCCCUGGAGAAACAAAUCAGAAUGCUUCACACAAAUUGUGCUAAUUUAGAAAGGGAAAAGUACGAAGCAGUUGCAAGAGUCCAAGAUUGCGUACAGCUGUUAGAAGAAGCUAACCUGCAAAAGAGUCAGGCACUGUUUAAGAAAAAACAAAAGCAGGAAGAAAAGAAGAUGAAAGAUGAAAUAUUUCAGCUCACAGAAGAUACUGCUGUAAGAAUAAGAAAGGCAGUAAGUGACGAUGAACGUGGUGAAAAGCAGGGUCAAAUAGAGUGAGCCAUUAGAGAAAAGCGAGCAGUGGAAGAAGAGCUUGAAAAGAUUUGCAGAGAAUACGGAGGACAUGAAUCUGACAAUAGAAAACUAGAGCAACUGCAUCAGAAAUACCUACUUGCAGAGAUUACCAAAUGUGACCUGCAGCUGAGUCUGCAGACAACACAACAUAAACUGAAACUGCUGGAAAUGAAAUUUAUAAGCAGUAUGGAGCACGAGCAUGCUGUGAGAGAACGUGGAUACGAAGUUCGUCUUAAGGAAAUGGAAGACAUCAGUCAGAAGUCGACUGCUGAGCUUAGACGUCUGUUGACAGCUCAGCAAAAAGCAACAAAUAGAUGGAAAGAGGAAACAAAAGUGGUUACUGAAACUACGGAAGCUAGGAUCAGUAAGUUAAAAAGUGAUCUGAGUCAACAAAAACUUUGUCAUCAGGAACUUAUUGCUCAGCUGGAAGUGGCAAACAAUAAAGUAAUUGAGGAUGAAAAAUUAAUGACGGAAUAUCAGAAACAUAUCAAUAGGCUUCAGAUGAGACUGAGCCAGGCAGAACAGAGGGCAGCUACAGCAUCACAAAAGCUCACCACAUUAACUACAUGGAAGAGAAAGGCUACUUCUCUGAAGGAACUAGAAAAUAUUUAACAUGAAAGAUCAAUAAUAUUCGCACCGCAGUGGAGAUAAGAAGGUAGCUGGAGAAACUCUGCAUUGUACCAUUAAAAUCAAAUGCAUAGCAAGGUUUGUAAAACUUCAUCUAUAUAUUUUGUUUCACUCAGGUAACAAAGAAGGCUGGCUGAAGAUGCAUACUGUCUGUUUGCAUGGCGGAGAUCAGAAGAAUGCAAACUGAUACAGAUGGUGUUGUCAUCGGUGUUGGUGGAGAUCUACAGCUUGAGAAAGGACAACUCGCCAAAGCUUUGCUAAGAAAGACAAGGCCAAGGCAGACUUAAAUGAUGAAGGCCUGGGAAAAUGACCUGGUGAAGGAUCUGUGUUCACAGCAAGAGGUUACAGUCUGAGUUGCAGUUACGUGUUUCAUGCUGUCACACCUCGAUGGUCAGAGGGAAGUGAAUCUGCAGUGAAGUUUUCUUUGGUUGCAUUUCAAGCCCGGCACAGGAUGUAUAUGAGAUGACAAUUGGCUCCAUCAAGUUCCACGUGGCCGCUGGUGAUAUUACCAAGGAAACUGGAGAUGUCAUUGUCAACAUAUCAAACAAAACCGUCAACCUCCAAACAGCCUUGCAGCCUAAUGAUGGCUAUAUAACCACCAAAGGAGGAAGCUUGCCAUGCCAGAAAUAAUCCAUUUUGUCGCCCAAGGUGAUAUCAAAGUGCCAGUCUCCAAAGUGUUUCAGGAAUGUGAAUUACAGCAGUACGCCUCUGUUAGCUCCCCAGCGGUUGGAGCAGGUCAGGCAGGCUGUUUUCCGGACAUAGUCGCUGAUGAGAUGAUGGAUGCAGAAACUGACUGCAAGGAGGAACUCUACUCCAUCUGUGAAAACUAUUAAAUCUGUCAUUUUUCAGUCGUAUCUGCUGAACGUGUUCCAUACAAGCUUGAAAAAAAAGAGAAAAUCUUGGUGAAAUAGAAUCAAAAUCACUUACUUCCAGGAUGGUAUCAUUCCUGAUCCCUGAGAAACAUCCUCCGAAGGAAAAACGUAAAGCAGUUUCAGAAAAUAAAGUUGAUCGGGCUGUUGUUAAGAUUUGCAGUGAACACGAGAAACAAAUGGAAGAAGCAGAAACCUGACCGAAAAGUACUAUUCUGAAGGAACAAUUUCAAAGAGAAAACAAGGGUGACUCCACCUUGGAUUUGGAUGAGACAGAGACUGCGGAACUGCGUGACCUACAGAAGAGAUGAAAUAUUGCUCUGUUCUUGUGAGACAACUGUAUUGGACUUACAGCAUUUAGCAAGGUGUCUGGUUUGGUUAUUCAAGUAUCUGAGACACGAUCCACAGGGUUAAAACUGCUGAAUAUGAAGCGAUCAAGGCAGAACUUUAUCAAAACUUAAUUGAGUGGAAAUAUCUGGAAGAAGAUUCCUACGUGUCCUUUGACAGUAUGACAAUACGUGCGUGGAAAGUGCUUUUAUAAGAAAGCAGAAAGCUGUCUCAGUCGUCAUUCACAAGACAAAGUACCUGGCGAAUAUAGAAGGUGGAUUUGCUACAGAUGGGGAAGGACAACGUAUGGCGCUUACACAUACUGAUAAAUCUGCAGAUCAGGAAUCAACAGCACUGCCUGAAAAAUGGGACGACAUGCAAAAUCAGCAGCUCAAAAAAGCGGAAUUGAAACCAGAUGCAAAAGACUACAAACAAGUGAAGGAAAGGUUUCUGAAGACCGCUCCAUCACUGAAUCUGAAAAUUGAAAAGAUUGAAAGGGCCCAGAACCCAUCUUUGUGGAAAGUCUACGGAAUAAAAAAGUGUCAGAUGGACGACAAAAACAGCAACAACAGCAAUGAGAAGUUUCCGUCCCGUGGGGCAAGCGCAGAGUCAUUAACCUUCAUUAGCAACUGUGGAUUUAACCGCAGCUAUGCUGGAAUGCACGCUGCACCGUGUGAAAAUGGAACUUUGCUGUUCACGCCAGCUAUUCUGCUAAUGACGUCUACUCAAAACCAGAUGCGAAUGCGGAGCGGGUUCACCUGCACACGCCGGAAGAGAGGAGACACAGACCUUCUGGACACAAGUUCUCAUGUAAUACUCGUUCAGCGUAAGUGUACAAGGACAGUGGCAAAGGACAUCGUGGAAAUGAUGACAGAGUAAAUCUAAUGUCACCGAGUGCCUCCGCUACAGCGUUCUCCAGCAAGUUCCAAACCUCUUCUUCAAUGUAUGACCAGUUAGGACAAUUCAGUGCUGUGAUGGCAAAUUUGAAAUAAAUUUAACAUCAAGCUAUGCUAGACAA